AUGCCCAGUUCCUGCGAGGUGUGUUCUUCGGAACCCUCCAAAUACCGCUGUCCAGCAUGUGGACUGAUGAGCUGCUCGCUUGCAUGUACCCAGUCUCAUAAGAUCUACUGCGCUCCGAAGCCGCUUCCAUCGAUCGAGGAACCGACCGAGACUUCAGCCACCAACACCCAAACCCCAGCCAACGGUGAAACCACCCCAGAUACGGGGAAUACACAAGGCUGCAACACUGCAGAUGGUGCUGCAUCGGCAGAGAUUCAGGCUCUUCUUCAACGAUAUCCUCAGUUGCGUACGCAGUUGCACGAAAUUUACCAAGCGGCGCAGGAGGACGAAUGGGUUGAGUGGUAUACCCCGCCGACUAGAGGACGUCCUUAUGGCCGAGGUGGUAAAGCACCUACUCGUCGUAGUCGGGGACCAUGGACCGCCGAGAAAGGGUUCAACCGUGCUCUCGGCAAGGUACGGAAGUUAAGACAGGAUUGUGAGGAAGGGACAGAGACAGGUGUCACUGCCGAGGCGUUUAUGCAAUUCCUGACCCUGGUCAAUAAUAACCCGAGCACUCAGAUGUCAAGCUCGGCAUAG